CGGUAAUCGAUUAGAUUCGCAUUUUACAGUAAUCGAUAAACAUCGAAUCGAUUCCCCGCCCCCGAAGUUUUUAAAGGGGCCUCGUCUCGCACCAACAGUUGCGCGUUCUCCGCAAACAGCGUAGUUCGUUUUUUUUGUCCGUGUACGCGACUUGACGCCCUUAGAAACCUAUCCUUUCCGCAUAAUACCAAACAUCCCCGCCUUCUCAAGACUCGGAGCGAUGGCUUCGUAGCGAAGUCAACGAAAAAAAAAACGCCGGGACCGCGCGAGAGGUCGCCUCAGCCGGAGGCCUAACUCAGGCUUCCCGCGGGGUUUCCUAGGCGAGGCUGCCGUAGACAUGACGACUCCGAGCACCGAGCGGCAUUGGGUGUCGCGGCUGCUCGCCGCCGUGUUCUACGGCCUCUGCUCGUUCCUCAUCGUCAUCGUGAACAAGCAAGUGCUCACGAGCUACGGGUUUCCCUCUUCGCUGUUCCUGGGCGUCGGGCAGAUGUUGGUGACGCUGGUGCUGCUGCAUGUUGGACGGGUGUGUGGUCUCGUGUCCUUCCCAUACUUCGACAGAAACCUCCCCAAGAAGAUCUUCCCUUUACCGCUCAUCUAUCUGGGGAACCAUAUCACCGGCCUCAUCAGCACCAAGAGACUCAGCCUCCCAAUGUUCACGGUGCUGCGGAAAUUCUCCAUCCUCUUCACCAUGGUGGGCGAGAUGUUCAUCCUCGGAAAAACAACGUCACUCCCUAUCCAGUUGACUGUGGCCAUGAUGAUGGGCGGGGCCAUCUUCGCCGCCAGCUCUGACCUGGCGUUUGACCCCGUGGGCUACACCUUCAUCCUGGCCAACGACCUUUUCACCGCCGCAAACGGCGUCUACACCAAACAGAAACUCGACUCCCAGGAGCUGGGGAAAUACGGCCUACUCUACUACAACGCCGUGUUCAUGAUCGUGCCCGCCGCUCUGGCGUGCGCGUACACAGGCGAUCUGCAACUGGCGCUGGACUUUGAGGGCUGGAGCAACCCCUGGUUCGUCGUACACUUCACCUUCGCCUGCUUCAUGGGGUUCAUCUUGCUCUUCUCCAUCAUCCUUUGCACACAGUACAAUUCUGCCCUCACCACCACCAUCGUCGGCUGCCUGAAGAACGUGUCGGUGGCCUAUAUCGGCAUGCUGGUGGGAGGUGACUACAUCUUCUCAUGGCCCAACUUCGUGGGUCUAAACAUUUGCAUCAGCGGAGGCGUCCUUUACUCCUUCCUCACGUUCCGGGAGUCGCCGACUGAGAAGCAGGGAGGCUGAUCCGGGCGACGCCAGGGCCCGUGCACGCGUCUCCCCCAACGCCCGCUCGCUAGCGCCAGGGUCCGUACGUGCAAGGGGCAUGCGCGUGAUGCUACGGUCACGUGUGAGCGUGUCCCCGCUCACACGUGCGCAUGUCCGCACUCACCUUGCUGAGGGGGGGGGGGGGGGGGGGGGGGGGGGGGGGGGGGGGGGGGAGUGGCUGCCCUGCAAACAUUGUGAUAACCCACAAGAGAUCAUGGUCCAGAAAGUUUAUCGAGCUUUUGUCGAGAGCAGGGCGAGCGAGUUAAUUCCGUUUGUUGGCGCGGUCGUCCACAGGGAGAUAAUGCAAUCGAACGCCAUCAAAAGUGUAAAGUGUUCCAGCGAAGGCAGAAUAUGUUCGCUUGCACAAAUUAUAUAUAUAUCAAUAUAUUACGUGGGUUAUCAGGUUUUUCAGGACACCUCUCGAUCAAUUCCCACAACUGUUUACAGCGGACGGACGUACGAUCAGCACAAUCGUCGUAUCUUAAAAUCAACUUGUGAAGUGACUGGCCGAAAUAUAGAUUUUUUUUUUUUUAAAUACGUCCGUUUUGGUAUAUUCAGGAGCGCAGGGAUUUGCAAACGCUUAUCUUUGCAUGUAAAGCUGAGGGGUUUUGCACAGCCAGCAUAACGAAUUGCUUCACCUUGCAGUGGAUAAUGACUCGGCUCUAUACCACAGGACCUUUAAGCCAUGACUAUGAACUCGCACUGACCAGCGUGGUGAAGUAUGGGUGAAACAAUCUCCAUGAACUAGCGCGGAAUAAAAAGCCUUUAUCAAACGGUGCAUUGGAUUAAAAAAAGGUGACAUGCUAGAUUUUUUUAGAGUAUAUUUGGGUCACAUUGCAAUACUUGACCUUUUUGGGUGUCUUUUACCUGGAAUAUAACUUAAUUUUUAAUUAUGUAUCUAUCAUUGGAUUCACUGGUGUCUUUAUUUGAAACCCCUCAAUAGCACAUUAAGAUUAAUGGCACCUGUUGUCAAGGAAAGGUGGGAAUCUACGGUUACAAGGGGAAUUUUUUUACACUUUUAAACAAUAAAACGUGCAAUUUUUACAAUGUGUGUAAAACAGGAAACUUGCUGUUGGGAUAAAGGAAUCUGACACGACGACGUUGCUAGGUUAACUGGGUGUGUGGGUUUUACACAAGAUUGUUAUAUUGGUUAUAUUUACAAUAUAGGGUGUGAAGAAUCUGGUUUUUAUAUUUUCUGUAAUGCAGAAUUGGACGGUGUACGUGUGCAUGUGUAUAACAAUGACCGUGGUUGUACUUUUUUUUAUUCACAAGCAUUUAUUUUUAAUUAUAAAAGAUUGCUAAACAUCCCAAUUUUAAAACAUACAAAAUUGCACACUUAAGCCACACUUCCCAACGUGGUUGCUUUGUCAUUACCACUGGUUAAUGCUGUGGCAGCCGUCCCAGUGCCGUAUUCAGUAGCCAGGAAUCCCCCCACAAAGCCUUGCCCAGCAUAACGCGGCUAAUGAUGAUGAUUAAGCAUCACCAAUCCCUGUCCCAUCACCUCCCUUCCAGUGGCACACAUGAUGGGAACGGAGGAGAGAUUUUUUUAAAAAAAAAUUCAUUUCCUUCCAAACUAUUUUCGUGGUAUCCGAGUGGUCGAUUGACCUCACCGGAUGAUCGGUAAGGGUCUCGUCGAUUCACGUAAUUAAUCUGGAGAGCCCACCGCUGUUUGCGAGCGCUAAGUAAAAAAAGGAAUUAAGGUAGCCAUUUGUAUUCGAAGCUAUUGCCUUAAGUAGACCCCAUGUAGAUAGCCGGGAGAGUCGUGCGUGGUAUAAUCAAGCCACACCAAGUGUGCUCACUUUUGCACUUACAUGCAGUCACUGUUCUACUGUCGUGCCUUUUCGUGAUGGGGAGAGUGAGUUUGUGGGGAAGCAAUGCUAAUCAUUUGUGGAUAUUAUAGAUAGAAAUUACCAAUGAACUGGGUUUUUACUUUCAUUUUGGUCGGCGAUGACAUUGAGCGUGACGAUGACUGUGAACUACUAAACCAAAAGUCCUAAUCGCGACUGACUAUGACGAAGUACAACUAACUUUCUGUGUCAUAAUCGAAGACGCAGAUUUGGGUCAUAAAGUAACGCGAUGAGCGACUGCAGUGCAAUGACAACUUUGAAUGGUAAUUGGUAGUUGCCAAUAUAUGUACUCUACAUAACAACAUGUUUUAUGAGUUCACUGAUUGGCCGUACUGAUAAUAUUGGGGGUGAGGGAGUAUGGAAAUAGUUCACCACUCGCCAACAUUGAAAAACUCGGAGUGGACUCAAUAUUUGACCAAUUUAGUCCUUCAGACGUCGAAGAUGACUAUUAAAUGCACAGUGAAACUUGACUUAAAAUUCCAAAAGUUAUAAGAUGGGCUUAAGACUGUGACAAAAAUAAACAAUGCUAACUUAAUUUACACUUAGGUGUGAGGGUAUGUGUGUCGCAUGAUAUAAAACAUGCGUAAAAAAAUAAUUGUCUACGUUACGAUUGACUUUGAGGUGUAUGUGUAGUGAUGUUGCUACACUUUAAAUAAAUGUAUUUAAGGGAAUGGUUUUGGAUCUGAUUGAGCGUGACUGUCCAUCCCCCCCCCAAGCCAACCAGCCAGCC